ACCAGUUUCAAAUUCAAAUUCAAUUAUGAGCUGUUUAACACUCCACUAAGUCAAUAAGAAUUUCUUCUUUCUUCCUCGGAAAUUCGAGGGCGGGCUGUGACAGAGAAAAUAAAAGAAAACUAGCGAAGGGUGGUGGGGGUAUUGUCGGUAAUUCUCAACUCUUCUGUGAUCAGUCUUCUGAUGGAGUGUUUAUCGAUAAGACCAAUGGUUCGUUAAUUUGAGGAUCCUUUGACAAUAAUUACGUGGUUGAACCGUGGGAACUUUUGUGAUCCUUUCGAUAAUGUAUGACUGAUAGAAGAGUUUUAUCGGAUUUAUUUUGUGAGGCAAACUUAGUGCGGCAAGAAUUGACCAUGCGGAACAGGAAUAGAAGAUGGAUACACUUCUGGUUUCUGAUACCAAUACUUCAGCUGGUAUCAGCUGAUGAAACUAGAAACUCCAGCAAAACAGGGGAAACAACAGAUACUCCAGAGAAAAAUAAUCGUGGAUUGUUUUCCCCUAGAAUGGACUAUGACCAAUGGAAACCACUCGGCAGGGGCGACCCUUUACAAAACGACCCCACCUAUGACUACGUCCCUCCAGUUCUGGAACGGGUUCACUACUGGGUGGAUCCAGCCUUGAGAAAACCAGAUUCAUCCAUCUCCACUGAGAACCAGAAAACAGAAAUCCUCCUUCUUGGGAUAACUUCAAAGAAACCUGCAAACUCUUCCCCCCAUGCUGACUCUAGGAAAGACAUAUAUGAUCCGUAUUUGAAAUAUGUUGAAGAAAGCAAAUCAAACUUGAAUCCGAAUCAGAGAAUUGCGAGACCGUCUUUCAUCCCACCAGUUGCCUCGUCAUUUUUCCCCUCUUUCCAUCCCCCUACAAAAAAGCAGUUCCCUGUCAAAAAUGGUUUCUCAAAGGAAAUAGAUCAACGCGUUCCAUAUACAGUACUCAUGCCUCCUCCAGUCCCAUUGGACUAUCUACCAAAAUCUCCAGAGACUAUCGUGACACAAACUCCCCUUACAUUGCUCAAUACCACUCCAACGACGCCUUCGAAAAGCAGCUCGUCCUCUUCUGUAACAGUGCAAGCUGCGAAUCUGAUCUACCACUCAAGCAGUUUGAGUGAUCAAAGUGAGUGGAAAAACAAACAUUACACCAUCGAUCCUUCAGUGGCUUGGGAGCAAGACGUUCAUACCACAGAAAAUCCCUAUUCGAAUUUCAGAGAUGCGUUAGUCUACAACACCAAUUUAUCACCCCCUGAGUCAUACAUGCAUGCGGAGUUCGCUCCCCGUAAUUACACUAAUACUACUCACACCCUUGUAGCUGCUGAGAGUCAAAAUAUCAACUUCGUCACCCCUCCGCCGCUGGCACACGCCGCCACUGAAGAGAUAAUGUUCAAAGGUCAAGUUGCGGACGAUAACAUUGAUAUCUCCAACACCUACGUGAAGAUUGGGAAACCGGAAGCGGAAGUUCAUUCCACUGCACUCGGUAUGGAUGGUUUGCCGAUUAUAUCUCACGACUUGGUGAUGUUUCCACAUGGAAUGUCUGAAGAAGCUAGACUACCGCCACUGACUGUGGAAAAACUACAAGAUAUGCAGACAAUGCAUCCGCCUCCAGUCACGCAGAGUCCUGUUUACCCCAAAGUCACUAGUUCAAUCACUAAAGUUUUGCAGGAAGAAAGAUUGAAGCCUCUGCUGUUUAGAUAUAGUCCAACAGAGUCUGCGCUUGAAACUACCACUCCCGGGACGCCGAUCAAUGUCAACAACUCACUUGAUGGAGAAACCACAGAAAAACAGAGUACCAUCAGAUCGACCCCAGCGUCAUCCACAGCUUCACCAACAACUGUAGCUACUCUAACCACCGAUCCUUUAUUCAAGCACUACAAACAACCAGUUGAGCCCCUCAAGGGUCCGUUGUACCUUAUUAUCCAAGGCCAUUCCAAAGUGAAGACUUACGGACCCACCAAACAAAUCCACGGUAUCAAUAUUCAGGAAACGAAUGAGAUUUCUGACGUAGAUGAUGGGCAGUUCAAAGUCAAGCACCUGCACGGUUUCCACAAAGACGCCAUUUUGGACGACAAGCCGAGAAUGGCGAGAUCUGGGAAUAUUCAAACAUUGAAACAUGUUGUUCAGACAGGUUUCGGGGCGAUAGAUCUUUCUGGUAUAGAGGAAAUGGAGAGAAGGGUUGAUGAUGAUUUUCACGAAGCUGAAAUGCAAGUAGGAUAUAAAGUUGGUGAUAAAAGAGACUUUUCUGAGGAGUACCAUAAAGGGAUUGUUGAGGAGGCUAGAAAAUUAAGAGUUUGAAAUUGUGUCAUGUGAUCAUUUUUAUUUAAAUCCAGCGUUUUAAUUUAUUGAUUUUGUUUUAUUGUGGAGUAAUUAAACGAAUAAUUUUCA